UAGUACAUACUGUCUUAUUUAGGUGAAUUUGCUCUUUAACGUCGCUAAUAAGAUUUAUGUUUAAUAAUAUAAUAAUAAAUCUUAUUAAUCGCUAAUAAGAUUAAUAGGAUUUAUGUACUAUAGAAACAGCUUUCAUAUAAAUGAGCUCAUUUUGAUGAGAACUUUCAUUCAUUAAUAUACGUGAACAAGUGCCUACAUGAGACAGUAUGAAUGUAUUAUAACAAUUAUAUGAGCAAAUCUUUCAUAAAUGCAACUCUGUGCCGCAAUAUUUGGCUGUCAAUCGAUUUGUUAGUAUUCCUGAUUUUGUUCAAACUAUUUUUAAUACUUGAUGAAUAUAUACUUCCAAAAUAAUUUAAAUAAAAUUUUAAUUUAAUUGAAUAUGAGUGGCUAUCGUGGUAUCGGCGGUGGCGGAUUUCCAUAUAAAACAAAUCCAAAUCGCACUGGUGGUGCUUCGAUGAAUGCCGUGCCGCCGCCGUCUUCAUUAAGCGGACGUGGUUAUCAAAAAGGUAGUAGCAGUGCAAAUAGCGGUAACAGCUCGGCACCUACUUCUAGUGUUUCUAAACAUGGCUACACAACAUUAGAAUCUAUAAGCCAAUUUACAAGCUCACAAAAUGCAUUAGGAAAGCGAAAAGCACAUACCGAGGAUGAGUAUUUUGAUGAUGAUGACGAGCAAGUUCCCGAAAUGGCAUACAUACCGGCUCCUGGCUCACCGGGUGCUAAAACGCAAAACAAAGAUAAAGAUAGCGAUUCAGAAGAUGAUACACUUGAUAUGUUUAUGGCAGGCAUCGAACAACAAGUAGAAAAGGAGAAAAAAAGAAAGGAUACUGUGUCAACAAAUUCUAAUACUAGUGCUCCUUCCACCGAUAUUAAAAACGUCAAAGGUGUACGUGGUGAUAUCGAAGAUGAGGAUGACGAAGAAAGUUACUAUCGCUAUCUUGAGGAGAAUCCAAAUCUUGGUAUGCGAGAUGAUGGUUCAGAUAUCGAAAUUGAAUAUGAUGAAGAUGGUAAUCCUAUACCACCACCUAGAAAAAAAGAUAUUGAUCCAUUGCCAGUAAUUUAUCAUUCUGAAAUUGAAUAUGAAUCGUUUGAAAAAAAUUUUUAUACCCCCCAUGAAGAAAUAGCAAAUUUGAAUGAUGAAAAAGUGCGUGAUUUGCGUAAAACUUUAGGAGUCAAAGUUACUGGAGCUGAACCACCAAAACCGGUCACGUCAUUUGCACAUUUCGGCUUCGACGAAAGUCUAAUGAAAGCCGUACGAAAAGCUGAGUAUACCCAACCGACGCCCAUACAAGCGCAAGCGGUACCAACUGCACUGUCUGGACGUGACAUUAUUGGCAUAGCAAAGACUGGCUCCGGUAAAACCGCCGCGUUUAUUUGGCCGAUGUUAGUACAUAUAAUGGAUCAGCGAGAGUUACGUGAAGGUGAUGGUCCAAUUGGACUUAUUUUGGCACCUACUCGUGAACUGUCUUUGCAAAUAUACAAUGAAGCAAAGAAAUUUGGUAAGGUCUACAACAUUAAUGUGGUCUGUUGUUAUGGUGGUGGUUCAAAGUGGGAACAAAGUAAAGCACUUGAACAGGGUGCGGAAAUCGUUGUUGCUACGCCAGGUCGCAUGAUUGAUAUGGUCAAAAUUAAGGCGACAAACUUACGUAGGGUAACAUUUUUGGUACUCGAUGAAGCGGAUCGUAUGUUUCAUAUGGGCUUUGAACCACAAGUGCGAUCAAUUUGUAACCAUGUACGUCCGGAUCGUCAAACCUUGCUCUUUUCGGCGACAUUUAAAAAGCGUAUAGAACGUUUGGCACGUGAUGUUCUUAUGGAUCCAAUACGUAUUGUGCAGGGGGAUUUAAAUGAAGCCAAUCAGGACAUAACACAAUAUGUUUUUGUGUUUCCCAAUCCAUUACAGAAAUGGAAUUGGCUGCUUUGUCAUUUAGUGAAGUUUUUGUCCGAAGGCAGUAUAUUGAUAUUUGUCACUAAAAAAGCUGAUGCUGAAACAGUAGCUAAUAAUUUGUUGGUGAAAGAGCAAAAUUGUUUAUUAUUGCAUGGUGACAUGGAUCAAGCUGAUCGUAAUAAAGUAAUAACACAAUUUAAGAAAAAAGAAUGUGACAUACUGGUAGCAACUGAUGUUGCUGCUCGUGGUCUAGAUAUACCACACAUUCGUAAUGUAGUCAAUUAUGAUAUUGCACGAGAUAUAGACACACAUACACAUCGAAUUGGAAGAACUGGCCGUGCUGGAGAGAAAGGUACAGCUUACACAUUAGUUACUGAAAAAGAUAAAGAGUUUGCUGGACAUUUAGUGCGAAACUUAGAAGGUGCAGAUCAGGAAGUACCAGAAGAUUUAAUGCAAUUAGCUAUGAAAAGCUCAUGGUUUCGUAGUUCACGAUUUAAACAUGGUAAAGGUAAGAAACUUACUGUUGGAGGUACUGGGUUAGGUUAUCGAGAACGUGGCGGAAAUUCCAAUACCAAACCCCCAGCAUAUUCAUCUGAAAGUACCAGUUCUUAUACAUCAACAAGCAAAUCAAUUUCCGCUGCUGGACCUGCUACGAAUCGUUAUGCUGCUAUGCGUGAAGCUUUUCGUGCUCAGUACAUGUCGCAAUUUCGUGCUUCGAGUGAUAGAACUUGGGAACAAACUGUUCCUGAAAGUGGAGUUUUUGCUGCACCAGCACCACCGCCACCUCCGCCAGGAGGAGGAAAACCAACUUCAUCAUCAAGCACAGUUGGCGGUAGUAGCAACAAUAAUGACUCCAGUCGAUCUAGAGCGAAAAAAAGCCGUUGGAAUUAGGCAUGGAAUAUGAACUGACAUUUUUUUAAAUUAUUUGUAUGCAUGGUUUUGACAUUUAAUGAUGAUUUAAACAUUUUUCCAAAUAUAAACUAUGUGCUAUUAGUGGACAAAAUUUUUAUUACAUAUAUAUUAACAAUAUUAUUGUUUUUAACGUCCUUAACUGGUAACAUGAAUCGAGAUUGAUGAAUAAAUGUGAGAUAUUAACUCGAGAAAACUUGAAAAUCAAAUAAAACUUUUUUAUUGAAGAAAAUUAAGUACUAUUGUACCACAGACGAGUUAGAACUUAUCUGUGGUUAUUUUCUAAAAUUAUUUUGGUUCUAAUACCAUUAGCGACUUGCAAGAAAUAGUGUAAGAUAUUUACUUUGUAACUGGCCUGCUACAUAUUAUAAUUACAUUAAAUUCAAACUUUUUUAUAUAGCUUAUGUAGCUCAGAAAUUUAAAAUGCAAUGUGUUGAAUUUAUAAGCCAUAUCUUUAAUCAAUGCUGAACUGAAUUUAAAAUAAUUAUAAAAAACGUAUCCGCAGUCUAAGACAGAA